UGGCCACAAAACCGAACAAAAAAAAACACUAAAAAGCAAACAAGAGAGAGUAGAAGAGUCGAUGUAUCCAAAACAAAAACAAAAAAAUGUCAGAGAUUUUGUGAAUUUAAAUCUCUUUUUAUUUGUAACCUUCCUCCUCUCCAUCAUCAUCUGAGAUCUCAUCUGACACCAAUCUAAAAAUCUUCUGCCAAGAAAUUCCAAGACCCUUUUUUUUUUUUUCUUUUUCUUAUCCAUUGCCCACCUUUUGAUCCCUCUGAUCUGAGAACAAACUCUGCCACCAUCAAAUCUAUUAUGGGUUUCUACAGCUAAGCUUGUCUCUUGAAACAUGACACACAAUGGAAGGUCCAAAGUCAUUCUACCCAGGUUCAAGGUAUGCUAGAGAAUCACACCUCCAUAUUCUCUGAACUCACAAUUAAAACUAUUGCUUUCUUGUCCUCAAAGACACCUGCUGAUUGGUUUUGCCCAUACCCAUUUGGUCCCUCUUUGGAGUAUUGCCCAUAUUAAUGGUGUCUUGGUCCUGUUGGGUUGGUCGGUAUAUAGUUUCAAGAAUUGGGACUGUGGGUUUAGAGCACACGCAAAAACUAGACUUGACGUUGGGUUUUGGCCUUAUUCUUCAUCUGGGUUUGAUGAUUUUUUUGUUUGCUGGUUCUUUUGGAUGAUAUAUGUAUGCAUGUUAUGUUUCUAGGGUUUGCACGUAAUACUUGAGAAGUGUGUUUGAUGAUAGUUUUUAUUGGUGGGUCAAUUAUAGAUGAUAUACAUGUAUUUGAGGUCAGAGGUGUAAAUGUCAAUAUCAAGUGGUUUCAGAGAAAUGGUUAAACCUUGUUGGAAACCCUCUGUUGAGGGUGAUGGAGGUCGCCGGAAUCGGCAAAUCGGAGACCCUAAUGGCCGGGUUGAUGGGUUGUUGUGGUAUAAGGAUUUGGGAUACCAUGUGAAUGGAGAAUUUUCAAUGGCAGUGAUUCAAGCUAAUAAUUUGUUGGAGGAUCAAAGCCAAGUUGAAUCAGGGCCAUUGAGUUCACUCGAUUCAGGCCCUCGUGGGACCUUUAUUGGGGUUUAUGAUGGACAUGGAGGACCAGAGACAUCCCAAUUCGUGAAUGAAAAUCUGUUCCCCAAUCUUAAGAAAUUUGCUUCUGAGCAUCAAGAAAUGUCUGCCAAUGUUAUUAAAAAAGCAUUCUUGGCAACCGAAGAGGAGUUUCUCUCUCUUGUAAAGGAGCAGUGGCGUGAUAAGCCACAAAUUGCAUCGGUGGGAACGUGUUGUUUGGUGGGGGUAAUAUGCAAUGGACUUCUAUAUAUUGCAAAUGUUGGAGACUCGCGUGUGGUGUUAGGGAGAGCAGAGAAGGGUGUUAGAGGGGUCACGGCUAUUCAGUUAUCAACAGAGCACAAUGCAAGUAUUGAAUCUGUGAGAGACGAGCUUCGUUCAUUGCAUCCCCAUGAUUCACAAAUUGUGGUUCUAAGGCACAAGGUUUGGCGCGUGAAGGGUCUCAUACAGGUUUCAAGAUCCAUUGGCGAUGCCUAUCUGAAGAAGGCAGAGUUCAACCAAGAACCUCUUUUAGCAAAGUUUAGACUUCCUGAACCGUUCGCCAACCCAAUCCUUAUCCCAGAGCCAUCAAUUUUUAUACACAAACUCAAUCCAAAAGAUCAUUUUCUCAUAUUUGCAUCUGAUGGUUUAUGGGAGCAUAUCAGCAACCAGGAGGCUGUCGAUAUUGUCAACAGUUGUCCACGUAAUGGAAUUGCUAGGAGACUCGUUAAAGCUGCACUUCAUGUAGCGGCCAAGAAAAGAGAAAUGAGAUACUCGGACCUCAAAAAGAUUGAUCGAGGGGUGAGGAGACAUUUCCAUGAUGACAUUACAGUUGUAGUUGUGUUUAUAGAUCAACCUUUGAUGAAUAGGAAUUCGUCUGAGAGUUGCAAUAUUUCAGUAAAAGGUGGAAGAGUACCCACCCCGGUGAAGUCCUAGUCUACAGUGUUCUUUAAUUUUCUCUCGAAUUUGUCAUCCUCUUUUACCAUUCUUCAUAUAGAAAAAGGAAAAGAAGAGAGAGACAAAUCGCUCUGGAUUACCUGAGAUUAGCAAGCCAUUACAAACACAAAUUGAGGUUAGAGUCUUCCUUAGACUGGCUUCAUGAAUCGCAAAGUGUUCUGUUUGGCACUCAAGAAAAUCUUUUGAAAUUCCGGGCUAGUUGGAAUCCACAUGAAUUUGUAUGCUUCUCAAAUGUGUAGUUUCGAAUGCUUGCACCUUUUCUCUCACUAGUCAAAUGUAUCCUUCUGUUGUCAUCACGAUCGAUGCAAAGUCAAUACAAAUCAUUCACAUUUGAGUCAUGUAGUUUUAUAUAUCAAAGCUAGUUUCACUUUUGGUUGAUUUCACUAUCAAAGUGGAUGCCUUUUCUUGGUUGUUCUUAUGGUACAACUUUGAAAUCAUAUUUGCUGUAACCAAGCUUUCAAUAGAUCAUAUGUGAAUUUAAUCA